AUGGCGUCGAGGAGCAGCACCGACGACACGAAGGAAAAUGCCGUGCAAGUGUCGGUGGAUGCCAAACUGACGGUGGCCGCAGGCCGUGGCAACUGUCAGCAGUUGAAGGAUCUGCUGAGCACGGAGGAUUCGAAGACAAUGCUGGUUGUGAUGGCCCCAAGCAUCCAGGCUUCCACGGUGAAGUCUCUCCCAGAGGUCAUGAGCCCCCUUCUGCUAUCAUCGGCUUGCUCUGGCGCCUGGCAAGACUUGGAAUUUCUUCUCAACAGGGGACACGGUCAGCCGCAUCCUUCCAUGAAUUCUAGUACAAAAUUUCAUGACCUUCUCACGGCAUAUGGCUCCCACAGCUGCGGCGACAAAGGCGCAUCGAUGCAGAAAGCUUCUGAUGAUGUUGAAGCACUUCUGAACCUGCCUUCAGGUUCUACCGUGUCACUUCUGGACGGGGUCACCAUUGAAGGGGGCACUGCACUCCAUGUGGUGGCCACAUAUGGCGAGAGUGAUGGAUUCUUGAGGAGUGCUGACAUCAUCCAUAGUAAGGCAAGCCAUCUCCUGUUUGUGCGUAACAAGAAUGGUGACACGCCCCUGCACUGCGCUGCACGGGCCGGGAUGUCCCGAAUGGUCCGUCAUCUCAUCACUCUGGCCAGAGGCGAGAAUACAGGUGUUAACAGAGUGAAGGAACUCCUAGAAAUUGAAAACAGCCUUAAGGAGACAGCAUUGCAUCAAGCAGUCCGUAUUGGAAAUAAUGACAUAGUCAAGCUGCUAAUGGAGGAAAACUCGGAGUUGGCCAGUUUUCCGAAAGACGGCACUUCACCUCUGUACCUGGCCAUCUUGCUGGAAGAGGACAUCAUUGUUGAGACACUUUAUAAUGCGAGUCACAUGAAACUUUCCUACUCUGGGAAAAAUGGACAGAAUGCGCUGCAUGCUGCGGUUCUCCGAGGCACAGAGCUUACAAAAAAGCUCUUGGAAUGGAACAGUGAUCUCACUAUACAAAGGGAUGAAAACGGGAGUACGCCUCUCCAUUUUGCUGCAGCUCUGGCACAGCAAAGUCAGCGAGGAAGUAUAUGUUGGCAAGUAUUGGAAGCGAACUCAGCUGCAUUGUAUCAGUCAGAUUGCAACGGAUUAUUUCCAAUACACGUUGCUGCCUCUGUUGGUGAAAGUGGGACAGUAACUAUGUUCCUUAACAAGUCUCCGAGCAGUGCUGGUUUGCAGGACAGUAUGGGAAGGACAUUCCUUCAUGUAGCUGCUGAGAAAAGGAAAGUUAGAAUAGUCAGUUCUGCUUGCAGAAAUCAAUCACUCUUAUGGAUUCUUAAUAUCCAAGACAAUGAUGGGAACACUGCACUACACCUAGCUAUCCAGGCACGGAGUCUUCGAAUGUUUUGUGCUUUGUUAGGGAAUCGACAAACACAUUUGAAUUUAUCAAAUAAUAUGGGGCAAACUCCUCUAGAUAUAUCACCAUAUGGGGUUCCCCCAGGAUUUUUUGAUGAACAGAACAGUGAAGCGAAGAUACACUUUGCACUGACAGUUGUUAAUGCUAGGAGUGGUGGCAGUCGUCGUGAUCACUUUGAAGAAAACUACACUCGUCAGUUAAAAUAUGAUGAAACGGAACAAUUAGAAAAGUUGAAAGAACCAACACAAACACUAUGUAUUGGUGUGGCUCUAGUUGCAACUGCGACGUUUACUGUUACUUUUGCCCUUCCUGGAGGUUACAGAGCUGAUGAACAUAUUAAUGGAGGAACACCAACACUUGCCGGGAGGUAUGCAUUUGAUGCAUUCAUAAUAGCCAGCACAUUCUCCUUCGUCUUGUCUGUGAUGGCUAUGAUAGGUCUCAUGUAUUCUGGAUACUCUAUUUUAAACCCACAGACUCGUAGAAUUUACUUGAUCGCAGCCUUGUAUUUUGGGUCAACAUCGGGCACAUGCUUCCUAGCAACUUUUGCAUUAGGUUUGUACAUGGUGCUAGCACGGGUUGCUCACAAGUCCGCCAUUGCUAUCUGCGUCAUUAGCCCUCUUGCUGUUAUAUGCAAACAAAUGGACCUUUGGUUAAAGUGGGCUCUUCUGGCACAACCAUUAUGUACCCGAAUUGGGCUAACUCGUACACUGGUAAUGGUGACAACGAGAAUCCUUUUCAGCAUGUUGAUGGAAUUUUGGCCCAUAAUAUUCAUUUUUGUUUGGGCCACAUAUACAAGCAACCAGUUUUAG